GCAGGCCACGCGGCUCACAUUCCCGAAGGCGCUCGGCCCGUGGGCUCGGUGAGGGGUCUGGCCCGCGCACUCGCGCUCCCCUCCGUCGGCGAGACGCGGCUCCAGUCGUGACAGCGGCAACAAGGAAGUGGAGGCGAGGGCUCGUGCGCGCAUCCCGGGGGCUGGAGGAGCCCCGGCCCCGCGUCCCCGCCCGGUGACACACGGCGCGGAGUCGCGACAGCCCCUCUCGCUCACCGCCUGCGAAGUCGCGAUAUGGGGUCGUAGAGAGUGGGUGGAGGAGCACAGGUUCGUCCUGCAGGCCCUUCACCGACGCCUGCCGAGGGCCCCGCGGGGCAAACCCCGGGGAGCCCGAGGAAGACAGCAGGGACACGGGAGUCGCCGCAGCACCGGUUCAGCAGCGGCAGCGGUGGCAGCAAUAGCACACCUUGAAUCGCCAGGGAGACCCGUCCCGGCGGCCUUUGCGGCGCACCGGAAGCGUCUGGCGGCGCGUGACUGCGUGUGACCCCCCCCCCCGCGCAAGCGCAACAGCCCAGCCUUAGCCGGGAGGCGGGCCCAUAGGAACUGUUUAGAGGCGUUCGCUGAGGCGGACGGACCGCUUCCGGCCAGAGGUCCCGGGCGGAGGAGGAAGCUGUAGUUGCUGGCGGUUGCCCCCGGUUGCUCAGUCCCUGGUUGCUCAGUCCCGGGCACAGUCGUGGGGCAUUCAGUUUUUCACACUUGUGGCAAAACAAGCCAGGAGGAGGAACGGACACAGCCCUGUUAGUUGUGGCCCCGGCCUUCCACCACAGAUAUGGCAGACAAAGGGAACAAGAAACGCCGGCAGUUCUCCCUGGAGGAGAAAAUGAAAGUUGUGGAAGCUGUAGACUCGGGCAGGAGGAAAGGUGAUGUGGCAAAAGAAUUUGGUAUCACUCCUUCUACUUUGUCUACAUUCUUAAAGGAUCGCACCAAAUUUGAAGAAAAGGUGCGGGAGGCAUCUGUGGGACCCCAGCGGAAAAGGAUGAGGAAUGCACUCUAUGACGACAUUGAUAAGGCUGUUUUUGCUUGGUUUCAAGAAAUCCAUGCCAAAAACAUUCUCGUGACUGGUUCUGUCAUUCGGAAAAAAGCACUAAACCUGGCCAACAUGCUUGGCUAUGACAGUUUUCAAGCAAGUGUGGGCUGGCUGAACAGAUUUAGGGAUCGCCACGGAAUUACUUUGAAAGCAGUCUGUAGAGACAAUAGUGACAGGUUAAUGAAUGGUCUAGGAAUAGAUAAGGUUAAUGAGUGGCAUGCAGGGGAAAUUAUAAAACUAAUUGCUGACUACAGGCCAGAUGAUAUCUUUAAUGCUGACGAGACAGGAGUGUUUUUCCAGUUGCUUCCCCAGCACACACUUGCUGCUAAAGGGGACUGUUGUAAAGGGGGCAAGAAAGCAAAGCAGCGGUUGACAGCACUCUUUUGUUGCAAUGCUUCAGGGACUGAAAAAAUGAGACCAUUGAUUGUUGGUAGGUCAGCCAGCCCACGCUGCCUCAGGAACAUCCAUUCCCUCCCUUGUGAUUACCGAGCCAACCAGUGGGCAUGGAUGACGCAGGAUCUAUUUAAUGAGUGGCUGAUGCAAGUGGAUGCCAGGAUGAAGCAGGCAGAACGCCGGAUCCUCCUGCUUAUUGACAACUGCUCUGCUCACAACAUGCUUCCACGUUUGGAAAGGAUCCAGGUGGGGUAUCUGCCCUCAAACUGUACUGCCGUCCUGCAGCCCCUGAAUCUUGGUAUAAUUCACACCAUAAAAGUGCUGUACAGGAGCCACCUUCUAAAGCAUAUCCUCCUUCAGCUCAGCAGCAGUCAGGAUCAGGAAAAGGUGGACAUUAAGCAGGCCAUGGACAUGAUUGCUGCAGCAUGGUGGUCAGUCAAGCAGUCCACAGUGGUGAAAUGCUGGCAGAGGGCAGGCAUCAUCUCUAUGGAAUGUACAGAUUCUGAUGUAGAAGAAGCAGCCAACGAACCAGACAUUGUCAUUGAAAAGUUGUGGCACUCGGUGGCUAUUGCCACCUGUGUCCCAAAUGAAGUACAUUUCCAGGACUUUGUCACUGCAGAUGAUGAUCUCAUCAUCUCCCAGGAGCUGAUGGACACAGAGGUCAUCCAGGGCAUGGUGUCUGGUGAAAACACUGAUGAAGCUGGAAGUGAAGAUGAGGGGGAGGUCUCUUUACCAGAGCAGCCAAAAAUCACCAUCACAGAGGCCAUCACAAGUGUACAGAAACUUAGACAGUUCAUUUCCACUUGUGUAGGCGUUCCUGAUGCAGUUUUUGGACAGCUAAAUGGCAUAGACGAAUAUUUAAUGAGAAGAGUAACACAAACUCUUGCGGAUUCCAAAAUUACAGAUUUUCUCCAAACAAAAUAAUGUAGGAAUUAACUGCCUCUUUUACUUUAGAAUUUGUAGUUUAUAAGAAUAAGGAUUUCUUUAGGUAGGAUAUUGAACUUAAAUUUUAAGCAAUAUUAUUAUGACAGCAUUCCAGUCUCU